AUGUCUCUAAAACUGCCGAGAAACUGGGACUUCACCACGUUCAAAGAGACGUCGCGGAUUGCUCGCUCCCGAAGUGUGCUCCCGGGAGACGCUACAGCAGGCACCGCGGCCUCUCCCGGCUCUCCCACGCCCCCCAUGGAGAGGCCCCUGAAGGCGGGCUGGCUCAAGAAGCAACAGCGAUCUCUGGUGAAGAAUUGGCAGCAGAGGUAUUUUGUGCUCAGGGGAAGCACGCUGACCUACCACAAGGACGACAAGGAGACGGCCAUACAGUGGAUUAUUGUGGUGAAGGAGGUCAUGGACCACCCGGUGACAGGAGCCUCACACAACUGUCUGCUUUCUCCAAAAAAAACCUGGGAGGGAUUCAUCGGAGGGUUGUUUUCCACCAUAGUGUUCUGUGCUCUGCUGUCCUACGUGAUGGCAGGCUGCCGUUACUUUGUGUGCCCUGUGGAGUUCAACAACGACCUGAACAGUUUCCAAGUGGACUGUGAGCCGUCAGAGCUCUUCCAGCUGCAGGACUAUGCUCUGCCCGCGCUGCUGUCCUCGCUCACCGGAUGGAGCACCGUGAAGCUAUACCCAUUCCAGAUCCACAGCAUUGCCCUGUCCUCCUUCGCCUCUAUCGUGGGACCCUUCGGAGGGUUCUUUGCCAGCGGCUUCAAGAGGGCCUUCAAGAUCAAGGACUUUGCCAACACAAUCCCAGGACACGGAGGCAUCAUGGACCGGUUCGACUGCCAGUACAUCAUGGCCACGUUUGUCAAUGUUUACAUCGCCAGCUUCAUCAGGGGCCCCAACCCCCACAAAGUGAUCCAGCAGCUCAUGGCCCUUCGCGCUGACCAGCAGCUGCACAUCUUCAACGCACUGAAGACCCACCUCAUAGAGAAGGGGCUGCUCCCGGCUCUGGAGCAGGUCAUGGCUUAG